AUUCAAGCAAGAAGCGACAAACACCAUUUUCAACGUAAAGCAUGGCAAGGUACAGCGCAUACACUUAGCAGCAGGAGUUCGUCACUCCAAAACUCCCUCGUCCUUUCUGUAUCUUUCAUCAUCUUCACAGCAACGAUUCCCGGCCGACAAGAAAGAAAGCAAGAAAGAAGAGGGAGAAAUGAAACUGACACCAAGAGAGGUGGAUAAGCUAGGACUCCACAAUGCUGGAUUUCUCGCACAGAAACGCCUUGCUCGAGGCCGCAAGCUUAAUUAUACAGAGGCCGUUGCUCUUAUUGCCUCUCAGAUUUUGGAAUUUGUUCGCGAUGGUGACAAGAGUGUAGCUGAAUUGAUGGACAUUGGGAAACAGAUACUUGGAAGGAGACAAGUUCUUCCAGCAGUUCCACAUCUUCUCGAUACUGUACAGGUUGAAGGGACAUUUCCUGACGGGACCAAGUUAAUCACUGUACAUAAUGCGAUUGCUAGUGAAAAUGGGAAUCUGGAGCUAGCUUUACAGGGUUCUUUUCUUCCAGUUCCUUCUCUCGACAAAUUUCCUGCAAUAGAAGAUAAUGAAAUUCCUGGUGCAAUAAUCUUUGGAGACGGGAAUGUCAUAAUUAAUUCUGGAAGGAAAGCAGUAGCCCUCAAAGUCAUUAACACUGGAGACAGGCCAAUUCAGGUAGGGAGCCACUAUCAUUUUAUUGAGACAAAUCGGAAUUUACAUUUUGAUCGAAGAAAAGCACAUGGCAUGCGCUUGAACAUCCCGGCUGGGACAGCCAUACGAUUUGAGCCAGGGGAAAGUAAAAGUGUAGUGCUUGUAAGCAUUGGAGGCAAACAGGUUAUCAGAGGUGGAAAUGGCAUUGUUGAUGGGCCUGUCGAUCAUGAAAACUGUACCAAUAUCAUGGGAAACAUAAAGAGGAGAGCAUUUGGGAAUCGAGAAGAAGAAAAUGCUAGUGAAGGUUUAAUUGGAGAAGGUUCUGCAUUCAACAAUACAAUUUCUCGUGAGGCUUAUGCUAACAUGUAUGGCCCUACUGCUGGUGACAAGAUUCGUCUUGGUGAUACCAACCUGUAUGCUGAAAUUGAAAGAGAUUUUGCAUUUUAUGGUGAUGAAUGUGUCUUUGGAGGUGGAAAAGUUAUAAGGGAUGGAAUGGGUCAGUCAUGCGGACAUCAACCAGCUGACUCACUUGAUACCGUUAUAACAAAUGCUGUGGUCAUUGAUUAUAGUGGAAUUUACAAGGCAGAUAUUGGUAUUAAGGAUUAUCUUAUUCAUGCUAUUGGAAAAUCAGGAAACCCAGAUGUCAUGAAUGUUACCUCUGAUAUGACUAUUGGGGUUAACACCGAGGUUAUUGCGGGGGAAGGAAUGAUUGUAACUGCAGGGGCCAUAGACUGUCAUGUGCACUUCAUAUGCCCUCAACUCGCAUUUGAGGCAAUAUCAAGUGGCAUUACAACAUUUGUGGGAGGUGGAACAGGACCCGCUGAUGGGACACGUGCAACGACGUGUACUCCUGCUCCUGCACAUAUGAAAUUAAUGCUGCAGUCUACUGAUGGGCUGCCUCUAAACUUUGGCUUCACUGGUAAAGGUAAUGCUGCCAAACCUGAGGAGCUACAUAAAAUCAUCAGGGCUGGAGCAAUGGGACUGAAGCUUCAUGAGGAUUGGGGAACUACUCCUGCUGCAAUAGACAAUUGUUUGACUGUUGCAGAUGAACAUGACAUUCAGGCCAAUAUCCAUACUGAUACCUUGAAUGAAUCUGGAUUCGUGGAAGAUACUAUUGCUGCAUUUAAAGGAAGAACUAUCCAUACUUAUCAUAGUGAAGGUGCAGGUGGUGGUCAUGCUCCGGAUAUUAUCAAAGUAUGUGGUGUAAAAAAUGUCCUGCCCUCAUCAACGAACCCCACACGGCCAUAUACUUCCAAUACUAUAGAUGAGCAUCUAGAUAUGCUGAUGGUCUGCCAUCACCUUGAUAAAGACAUUCCAGAAGAUGUAGCUUUUGCUGAAUCAAGAAUAAGGGCUGAAACAAUUGCUGCAGAAGACAUUUUACAUGAUAUGGGAGCGAUUAGCAUUAUAUCUUCCGAUUCACAGGCCAUGGGCCGCAUUGGAGAGGUCAUAAGCAGAACAUGGCAAACUGCUCACAAGAUGAAAUCGCAAAGGGGAUUGAUUGGGCCUGGUGGAUCAGACAAUGACAACUUUCGCAUCAGAAGAUACAUUGCAAAGUACACAAUAAACCCUGCAAUAGCUAACGGGCUUGCUAAGUUUGUUGGUUCAGUUGAGGUAGGGAAGCUAGCUGAUCUUGUUUUAUGGAAGCCGUCUUUCUUUGGGGCAAAACCAGAAAUGGUGAUUAAAGGUGGUGCUAUUGCAUGGGCUAACAUGGGGGAUGCAAAUGCAAGUAUCCCUACACCUGAACCUGUGAUUUCAAGGCCAAUGUUUGGAGCAUUUGGUAAGGCUGGGAGCACUCACUCCAUUGCUUUUGUCAGCAAGGAAGCUGCAGACAAUGGGAUCAAGGCAGAGUACGAACUCGACAAGAGAGUGGAAGCUGUGGGUGGUGUCAGGAAACUCACCAAACUCGACAUGAAACUCAAUGAUGCCCUUCCAGAUAUUACAGUGGAUCCAGAAACAUACACGGUAACUGCAGAUGGUGAGGUUCUUACAUGCCCCGCUGCCACCACAGUUCCCCUUUCACGUAAUUAUUUUCUAUUUUAGCCAUCUUUACAAAUUUAUAACACCGUGAUCAAAUGUUGAUCCUGACGUUUAUCUUAUAUGGGUAUAGGAUGAUCACUUGUUUUUCUUAUUGCAAAUUUGGGCCAACUGUUUUCUGCCUUUUGCGCUUAUAGCGAAACCUAAUUCUGUUCCUCUUGGGCUCCUUGUUGACAUAGAGGAUUCUGGGCAGAUGUCCCAGAUAAUUUUUUAUGGAGAAAAUAAAAGAAAUGUAGCCCUGAUGAUAUGCCGCAGGCUCGAUCCUUCUAAGAUUG